AUGUUGGUUGUACAGAGUAUUCUGUUGUGUUACGGCUUUGACUUAUUGGAAUAUUUGAAGUCUAUUAUUGAUCGUUAUUUAUGCAAUGGCGAAACGUCUGAUUCGGAGGAAGACAAAAUAAUAGAAAUUAUCAGUCAACAAUCAUGUGCAUGUACACUGGAUGAAAAUGGCUUAAAAUUUUGGCCACCAUUGUAUAUGCAAAGAUACAUGGCUGUACAAGAAGUUAUUGAUCAUCCUAUUUGGAGUGGUUCAAUAAAAAAAGUUGUUGAUUUUGGUUGUUCCGAAAUGGGUUUAUUUAAAUGUAUAAAACCAAUUCCAGGACUCAACAACAUUAUGCUUGUUGAUGUGGAUUUUGAUACAUUGGAUAUAAAUCAGUUUAAGGUGUUACCAACUAAUUAUGAUCAUAUAUCAAUGCAUGAACGUAAAGAGCCUUUGACAGUAGAUAUUUAUAAUGGUAGUAUUGCUGAUCAAGAUGACAGGAUGUUAGGCGUUGAUGCAGUUAUAUGUAUUGAAUUAAUUGAACAUUUAUACUUGGACGUUCUGGACUCAUUACCCAAUAAUGUGUUUGAAUUCAUCAAACCUAAAUUAGCUGUGUUUACUACACCCAAUGUGGAAUUCAAUAUUCUAUUUCCAAAUUUUACAACACAGUUUAGACAUUACGACCACAAAUUUGAAUGGACUAGAAAACAGUUCAAGGAAUGGGCUAAAAAAAUAACUACUCGUUAUCCUGAGUACUCUGUACAAUUUGAUGGUAUUGGAGCGGGUCCUUCUGGUACAGAAAAUAUUGGUUGUUGUAGUCAAAUGGCCCUUUUUUACAGGAAGGAUAUGACAACAUCUCCUGUUAAACCUAUUGAUUCAACUCCUUACAAAUUAUUGAGACGUGUUGACUAUCCACAUGAACUUGAUGAUGAAAAUCAUUGGGAACGGUCCAUGUAUGAUAAGUUAAGAAAAUUUGUUUCAGAAGCUUCAUGCAACAAGAAGUAUAUUGUUGGGCACAAUAUAGAAAUACCGUUAAAUGAAAUUAUGCCAUAUGUUUCAGAUUGCUGUUCAUCUAUAGAUAAAUUAGAGGAUAUUGUCAAUAAACUCUACUACACUAAAAAAAAUGAUCAUGGAGAAUGGUUAUUGAUAAAAGCUUUACCAGGAUUCAGUUCAGAUGAAUAUGAAUCAGACUCAGAUUCAUACUCAAACAAUAGUGGACAGGAAUACAAUCUAUUGGAAAAUACAGUAAACCUUGACAAUGAUAUUGAAGAUUGGAAUUCAUCAGCUGUCUUAAGUUCUGACAAAUCAAAACUUUGUUAUUCUACUCCAAUGACUAGGGAUCCAGAACUCAAAUACUAUUCAAAUAGUGUAGACAGUUUCAGCACAGUACAUUCAAAUUCUGGUUUAUAUAAAACAGCCGUUGAUUACAAUAAGACUGAAGAUACUGAGGAUAUGGUAAUGUCAUUUAGCUGCAAUAGUAGUAUUGUUGAAGACUGUAAUGUUUAUCAAGACUUCAAAACAGGACAAAAUAAUUCUGUAAUCAAUGGAGAAGAUGUUAAUGAAACAGAAAAUACAUUGACAUGUGUUGCAAAUAAUCACAAACUUUCCAAUGAUGGUGAUAAAUUAAAUCACAAUUAUACUGGUGAUAUGGAAAUCUCAUCUAGCUACAAUGGUAGCAUUAUUGUUGAAGACUGUAUAGUUUAUCAGGAUUUCAAAUCGGGCCGAAACAUUUCUGUAAGGAAUGAAGAAGAUAUCAGUGAAACAGAAAAUACAUUGACAUGCGUUACAAAUAGUCACAAAUUUUCCAAUGAUGGUGAUAAAUUAAAUCACAACUAUACUGGUGAUAUGGAAAUCUCAUCUAGCUACAAUGGUAACAUUAUUGUUGAAGACUGUAUAGUUUAUCAGGAUUUCAAAUCGGGCCGAAACAUUUCUGUAAGGAAUGAAGAAGAUAUCAAUGAAACAGAAAAUACAUUGACAUGUGUUACAAAUAGUCAUGAAUUUUCCAAUGAUGAUAAACUAAAUGACAACAUAAUCAAUGAUAACACUAUCAUUAAAAAUAAUAGUAAUAUAUCUUUAAAACUAAAAUGUGGUUCUGAUACUGCACAUCAAUUUAAAUCUAAUAAUCCUGAUGAAAUUUGUAUCACAAUUAAUGAUGGAGUGAAUGAAAUUGAUGACCAACUAACGAUUAAUGAAUCGUCAAAAAAAUGA